AUUCAGUUAAUGAUAUUCGUUGAAAUUAUGUAUCGUAUAACAGUGUGCUCUUUGUAACGCUAUAUAUACCAUACCCCAAACAACAAUUUCUCACACACCAAAUAUCAUCAAUUGUUUUAAUUCUUCCUUUUAUUACUCUGCAAGCUAAUUAGCUACUACUAUUAAGAUGGCGACAGUUGAUGAGAUCCGCCAAACACAAAGAGCUGGAGGCACUGCCACUGUGUUAGCAAUCGGCACUGCUAACCCUCCAAACUGUGUGUAUCAGAGCACAUAUCCAGAUUUUUUGUUCCGUGUCACAAACAGUGAACAUAAGACUGAGCUCAAAGAAAAAUUUCAGCGCAUAUGUGAUAGAACUAAGAUUAAGAAACGAUACAUGCAUUUAACCGAAGAUAUUUUGAAAAAGAAUCCAAGUUUUUGUGAGUUUAGGGCACCUACGUUGGAUGCCAAAAUGGAGAUUAUAAUUGUGGAAAUACCAAAGUUAGCCGAAGAAGCUGCAACAAAGGCUAUCAAAGAAUGGGGUCAACCUAAAUCUAAGAUUACUCAUCUCAUCUUUUGCACUUCAGCUGGUGUGGAUAUGCCUGGUGCUGACUAUCAACUCACAAAUCUUUUAGGCCUAAGCCCGGAUGUAAAGCGUUAUAUGAUGUACCAACAAGGUUCUUAUGCUGGUGCAAUGGGACUUCGUUUAGCUAAAGAUUUGACUGAGAACAACAAAGAUUCUCGUGUGUUGUUGGUUUGUGCAGAGAUGGGGAUAUUAGGUUUCUCUGGACUUAGUGAUACUCAUCUUGAUGGUCUUGUGGGACAUGCAUUGUUUGGAGAUGGUGCGGCAGCUGCGAUUAUUGGUUCAGACCCAUUGCCAAAAGUUGAAAAUCCUUUGUUUGAAUUGGUAUGGACUGCGCAAACCAUCCUUCCAGAUAGCGGAAGAUACAUUAAAUGUGACAUUCGAGAAGUAGGAAUGAUAUUAUAUCUCAACCAGGAUAUUCCUAACCUCGUUUCAAAACACAUUGAAAAAGCUCUUGUCAAGGCCUUUCAAUCUUUGAAUAUUUCGGAUUACAAUUCCAUUUUUUGGAUUUUACACUCAGGUGGACGAGCUAGUCUUGACAAAAUUGAAGCAAAACUUGGUUUAAAGUCGGAAAAAUUGCAAGCUAGUAAGGAUGUACUAAGCGAAUAUGGUAACAUGUUAAGUGCUUCUGUAUUGUUCGUCAUGGAUGAGAUGAGGAGGAAGUCAAAAGAUGAAGGACAUAUCACAACAGGGGAGGGACUUGAAUGGGGUGUGCUUCUCGGUUUGGGACCUGGAAUUACUAUCGACACUGUUUUGGUCCGAAGUGUGGCCAUUUAAAUCCCCACAUGUUACUAAGAAAAUAAAUUUUAUGUUUCCAUCCACUUUUUUUAAUUAAAAAGUGAAUGUUAUAUCUUUAAAAAGUGAAUGUCAUAUCUAUGUGUUUCCACUAAAUUGUUGGUCAUUUUUCCAAUUCACAUGUUUUAUUAUCAAUAAUUAAUUAAGGUUAUCGGUGUGGUAUGUAAGCUAUCCAAUAAAACGUUUGUUUACAUA